CUCCCACCACCGCCAAGCUCGCCCUCCCUCUAGCGCGCCGGGCUGCUCCAUCGUCUCUACCACACCAUCCACAUCCUCAACGCGCCGGCCUGCGACUGCUGCCGCCCCGCAGACCUCUCCUGGCCUCGCUGUGCGUGCACCGAGUGCCUCUGCGCCGCCGCCGCCGCCGCCGCCGUCCCCGCAGAUGGCCGCACCCAUGGCGUCCUACCGGCCCAAUCCGCCGCAGCAUGCCUACAGCGCCUCCAGCUCCUCUUCUCUCACAGGCGGCGGCGGCGGUGGCGGCGCGGCCGGCCGCUACGUGCCCUAUGCAUCCGCUGCGCCCGGCGCCUCGUCCUCGUCGGGCAGCGACAUGAUGUCGCCGCCCGGCUCGGCGCGCAUUCUGCCGCCUUCAUCAGCGCUGGGCCGGCAGAACGGCAGCCAGUCCUCGCAGCGCGGCUAUGCGCAGCAGCCGUACCACCCGUCCUCGGGCCUGGGCCGCACCAACGGCAGCCAGUCCUCGCAGCAGAGCCGCGGCGGUCCCGGCGGCUCCGUCGACUACCCGACCAUCCACGGCGCGCACGACGACGAGCAGAUGCGCGUGCGACGGCCACGCCCGGACACCGAAGAGAUUAAGCGUGUGGGACGGACGCACUAUCAGGAGCUGCUGGGCUUCCUCCGCAGCCAUCUGCAGAAGGGCCAAACUGGACCGCGCUCAAACGCGCGCGAGAAGCUGACCCGCUUGAGCAAGCAGCAGUUCACCGAGCUCAGCACGGAUGUGUACGAUGAGCUCAUGCGGCGGCUGAGCAAUGGCAGAAGCGGUGUCGAGAUGCCGCAUCUCGCAGUGCGCGAAGAGUUCCAUCCAAAGCGCAACCAGGCGCGUCAGAAGCUGGCCACCCUGCCAAAGACGCGCUUCAAGGACCUCUCUUCAGACGUCUUCUUCGAACUGGAGCGGCGCUUCCCGGAGCUGCGCGACGAGUUCCGGCCAGAGGCGAUGCACCGCGAGCGCGACGAGCUCUCGGCGGCCGCGGCUGCUGCUGCUUCUGCGUCCACCACGUCGGCGGCGGGCACGACGGCAGACGUCAUUAUUCCGGCCAAGAGCACGUUGGUGUCGGAGGACAUCGCGGUGCCCUACUCGACGGCAGAGGGCGACACGAGUGCAGCAAGCACGUCGCGCGAUGCCCCGCUGAGUCCUGCACGGCCGAGCAACGGCGCGCGGGCACGCGCAAGUGACUCGGACGACGCAGCAGAUCACGAGGAGCGCCGCGAGACAAUGUACUCGCAGGCCAGCAGCGUGGGGACGGGCUUCUUCAACGGCUACGCCGCCAGCCGGGGCACGGAGAGCAUCGCAAGCCCGAGUCUCGGAUCACGCGAGCCGCCGUCAACGUUUGGUAUCGAGAAGCUGCGCUCAGACUACGAGUUCCGCAUCGCAACGCUGCAGCAGCGCGUCGGCACGCUGGAGACGCAAGCCUCUGAGGCGCGCGAGGAGGCUGACGAUCUCCGCCGCGAGCGCGAGCGGUGGCAGGCCGACAUGCGCGCUGCGCGCGAGCGGCAGGCGGAUCUGGAGAAGGACGUCGAGGAGGAGAAGCGGCGCCACGAAGAGCUCGAGCGCGAUGCCUCGCGAUCACGAGAGCGGCACGACAAGUCCAGUGCCGAGCUGCAGAGUACGCUGCGCCAGCUCGACGAGCUGCGCUCGCAGCAUGAGGCUCUCCAGACUGAGCGCGAGGCGCGCGGCGACUCUGAGUCUGUCGAGCAGCUGCGAGAGGAGCUCUCCAGCCUGCAGAGCGAGUACAGCCAUCAGGAAGAGCUCGUGCAAGAGCUCCGCGGAGAGGUCACGUCGCUGCUCGACGAGCUGCGGCAGCUCUCGGCGCGCAACGACUCAAUGCAGGCGGAGAAGGAGUCGGAUCUCGCGGUGGUGCGCGAUCUCAACAACCAGAUGCAGGGCUACAAGCGCAAGUACGAGAGCGCCAAGACGGAGCUGCGCGCCCUCAAGGCCACGUCGCAGCUCUUCGUGCAGCCGCCCAAGGCGGACGACGUGAUGCAGACGACGGAGCGCGGAGCCAUUGCCGACAUCAAUCUGACGGCGUUCCAGAGCUCCAUCGACGAGCUGCUGUCUGCCGCGCGCUCCAAGAGCCCCGGCAGCGUGCUCUUGUCGAUGAAGACGGUCGUGCUUGCCACGACCCUCGUGACAGACGACGCCAUCAAGUGGGAGACGACCAACGGCAGCGAGCUCUCGCCCGAGGAGCGCGAGCAGCUGGUGCUGCUGAAGAGCAAGGCCUCAGGCACGCUGAACAACCUUAUGACGGCUUGCCGCAACCACGCCUCGUCGCACGGCAUGUCGCCCGUGUCGCUCCUCGAUGCGGCUGCAAGCCACGUUUCGUCCACCGUCGUGGACCUGGCCAAGCUGCUCAAAAUCCGCAAGGCAAGCCAGUCGGAGACCGACGAGCUGGAGGCCACGUUCGCGCAGGGCACGCUGGCCAACGGCCUCAAGCCUCUGCACAUCAACGCCGUGGCGAGCGCCAGCUCCUCGCGUGAGACGCCUUUCUCACCGAGCUCGCUGUCUGCAGGCGCGGAGUUCCGCCCUCGCGUGCCCGCCACGCAGGCCGAAGACCGGCUCAACCCCAACUCUGCGAGCGACGGUGCGCGCUUCUCGCCGCGCACGCACGGCACGCUGGGUCGCUAUUCGCCCGUCGGCUACCGGCCCGACGUGAACCGCAAGAACAGCCACGGCGGCGAGGUCUCGUGGCGCGGCGAGCAGCGCCAGCGUGCCGCGAGCAUCUCGAGCACCUCGAGUGCCGCGGCAGCCAACGGGAAUGCUGCGCCGCCGGCUGUGCCAGACAUCCACCAGGCGCUGCGCUCCAAGAGCAUCAACAGCAACACCACGACGCGGCGCUCCUCGUCGAGCGCUAGUCCGCCGCGCAGCCCAGGCCGGUACGGCAACGGAGAUGCCGCACCGGGCACGGACGAUUCGGAGGAGAACUGGGCCGAGCUGCGGAACUACAUCGAGGUGCAGACCGAGAGCAUCGUGCACGCCAUCCAGGCACUCCUGUCGGCCAUCCGCGAGGGCGCGACUGGCGUGCAGCUCAACGAGAACCUCGAGCAGAUCACCACGAUCGUCUCGUCCAUCAUUGCCAUCUCGAAGGACAACCUGCCCGCGGGGCCGCGCGCCGCCGAGGGCGAGCGCAUCCUGCAGGCGCUCACGGUCGACUGCGAGAAGCUCUCGGAGAUGCAGUCGCGCCCGACGUUUGACAAGGCGACGAAGAGCACCAUGGCCAGCGCCAGCUACGGCGUGGCCAAGGGCCUCAAGGCGCUCAACGCGCUCCUCUCGCCGCUCGAGUGAGCCCCCUUCGACACGGCCCUCUCCUCUCCGCCUGCGUCUCCCUCGCUGUCCCACUCGUCACGCCUUCGCCUUCUAUCUCGCCGCCCUCUUCCGCCUCCCCCGUCUCUUGUGCGCCGCGCUCUCUAUGUACGACCCCUCGGCCCGGCAUCCUCCUGCGGCCCCUUUCGGCGCGCUGCUCGUCCUCGCUGUACUUUGAAUGCCCUAUCUUUCACGCCGC